AUGAAGCCCAUCACAUCAGAGCAUGAGCCCCAAACGACGCAGUGGGACGAAGGUCAGGUUUACGUUAAAACCUGCCAUAACGCCACUCGGAAGGCCCUCGCUCUCCUUCUCUCUCGCAGCAACAAGGAAAAUCUGCAUAUCACUACCACUGAACUAGAAUUAUCUUCCGGUGAUCCCCUAGACUAUGGCCCUCGCUUUGUGGUCAAGGCCUUCCACUAUUCUCUGGAUAACAUCUUUGGUGAGAAUAUGCCGGCUUAUAUCCUUGAUGAAGACAACAAUCUGGGCUCUGUAUAUGCACCCCAAUGGCAAUGGAAGCUCGCAGGCUGGACAAACGCGAAGAAAGCGUCUCAGCCCCAUAUCAACGCCUUCAUAGUUGAUUCACAGCCUCACCUUAUUGAUCGCCUUAACUCGGGUGAGGUAUCUGUUUCCUAUGGCUUGAUCGCUAAGCGCCGACUCGAAGAUGGAUAUAACGACCACCGAUACAUCCCUAUCACAGUCUUUUCAGUAUCGGAUUUUCAAGUCCGUAUCCUUCAGAUCUGGCAUGGCAAGCAGAACCCCAAGGCUCUUCAAAUUCGUUCGUCGCGAAUCAUGGACUUUAAGGACGGUAUCCAAAAUAACUUAGACGACUGGGUCACCAUUCUAUGCUGGAUUGCCGGAGAGUCAGUCGAAGAUACAAGAAACGGGAUUGAAGUUGUUCAGCCAUUCGGAAAUGAUGCAUAG